GAACGUGAGCCUCAAGUAAAAGAUACAAGCCCCAGCAAUGCACGAGGUACCGCACAUUUGGACGGUACCGAAGUAAGAAUGCUAUUCGCACUCUGCAAGGUUAUAAACUGCACAUUUCAAGUGGAAUCGUCUGAGAGAGGAGAAUGGGGCACAUCAUAUGCAAAUCUAACUGGUGAUGGUAUAUUUGGUCUGAUCACAGAGAGAAGAUCAGAUUUUGCCGUUGGAGCUUUGUAUUUUUGGCCUGAUGACUAUCGUUACCUGGAUAUGUCUCACUUUAUUGGACGCUCCGGUGUGACAUGCCUAGUACCAUCACCGCAUCGUCUCACCAGCUGGUUACUACCAUUUCGGCCAUUUCAAUUGACCCUUUGGCUAGGCGUGAUUGCUUGCUUGUUCCUUGAGGCAUUGGCACUCUUUUUUACACGCUAUAUGGCUCCUUCGGAUGAUGAGCCUAAAUAUAGUUUACUGGAGAGUUUUCAAUUCGGUUAUAUUACUACGCUGAAACUUUUUGUGUCACAGGGCUCGGACUAUGUAGUCAAUUCGCAUACGGUACGCAUGGUGCUCUUUGCAUGCUACACGAUAGAUACGAUUGUGACGAGUGUCUAUGGUGGCGGACUAUCGGCAAUACUAACGCUGCCAACCUUGGAGGAAGCAGCUGACUCAGUAGAGCGUCUACAUAGUCAUGGUAUUCCAUGGACUGCAACAUCACCUGAUUGGGUAAUCUCACUCAGAGGAGAAGGAAAUACUGAUGUGGGUUCAAUUUGUAUAGCAACAAAUAUUUAAAUAGACUAC